GUCGGCAAUGUCUAUUGGAGUUAUCAGCACGUACACAUUCAUCAGCAUGAUUUAAUUGAUUUUUUGUUCCAGAAAAUGUCAAAAUUAUAAAAAAAAGAUUUAACUCGCAUUUAAAAUACUCCGAGUCUUGUCGUAAUGGAAUUAUACUGGAGUUCUCGGCUGUCAUUGAAAGUGUGCGAGUGAUUGUUAGCAAAAUUAUAACCUAGUAUACCUCGAAAGGAAAAUUGAAAUAAAAAAAAGCGGAGAUUAAUAAUUAAUUGAUCAAAAUGACACUGUGUAGAGAUGGAAAAAUUAGUUUAGGAUGUUUCAUCACAGCUUCCAUUCUUGCUGGACUGCCUGAAGUCCUUCUGAGAAUUGAGUUUGACUGUUAUCUUCAUGAUUUAUUCAGAAAUAUUUGGUUUAUUCAUGUGUUCCAAUUUGUUUUUCUGAAUUUACUCGUGCUGCUGGCUUUUAGAGGAUUCAUCUAUCAGGUGGCUGUAAGGUCAGUUUUCCUGGGUUAUACCCUCGGAAUAGGAAUUAUAAUAGCCCUAUUCGCUCCAGAAUCGUGGAAAUGCUUUGGAAUGUAUAUGUCAGUCCUCUCGAGCUUUCAUUACUCGGAAUUCCUGGCCAUUGCUUGGACGAAUCCAAAGGCAGUGUCCAUAGACAGCUUUGUGUUGAGACACAGUGUGGCAUAUGGAAUUGCUGCAGGUUCUAGUUGGCUUGAAUUUUUCAUUGAGAGACAGUAUUUGCCGGGUAUGAAGGAGGUAUCAUUCAUCACGUAUUUUGGAUUAUACAUGUGCGCUUGUGGAGAGGCACUGAGAAAAUUAGCAAUGUUCACAGCUAAGCACAAUUUUAAUCAUCUAGUCCAGACUGAAAAGUCUGCUGACCACGAACUCGUUACUCAUGGGGUAUAUAAGCUCUGCAGACAUCCCAGCUAUGUCGGCUGGUUCUACUGGUCUAUUGGAACACAGUUGAUUCUACAAAAUCCAUUUUGUCUUCUCGCUUAUACAAUAGCAUCCUGGAGAUUCUUCCAUGAUCGUGUGGUUCUUGAGGAGAUAACUCUACUCAACUUUUUCGGUGACGAUUAUGUUAAUUACCAAAAGAAAGUUGGAACUGGCUUACCUUUUAUUCCUGGCUAUAAAAUCGAUACGUAGCCUGCGUUGACUGUUUAAAAUUGUACAUUAUAAUUAUAAACCAAAUCAUUUCUUUCGUAUGUGAUUAUUUACAUUGUGUAAUGAUUUUUACUAAGUCCGUAUUUAAUUUAUUAUGAGACUGCAAUAUUUUUU